GGGAGGGAGCAGUGGGCAGGCUUGGCUCAGAGAGCCCCCAGCCAGGCCCAGAAGCAGCGGGGCAGGGGCGGGUCCUGCAUAGGCCCAGGUCUCCCUCCUCUCUGACCCCUCCCCACCUGCAGUCUUUGCCUUCUUCAGCUCUUCUUCCCAGACAGGCUGGGCAGCUGCUGACCCCACCAGCUCUGGCACCCUUUCCUCAGGGCGGCCGCUGCCACCCCAGCUCAGACAGAAGGCCAUGGCCUGGGAGGCCACGUACCUGCUGCCCCUUGUCCUGCUGGUUCUCCUGGCUGCAGGCUCCUGGGAACAGCAGCCAGAGCUGCUGCAGAAACUGGAAGGGGAGGAAGUCUCCGUAAGGUGUGAUUAUCCACCCCAGAAUAGUUCAAAGCCGAAAACCUGGUGCAGAAUAACAACAGAGGGAACUUGUACCUCAUUAGUCAACCAUCCCAGGCUCGGCCAGGAGCCUGGAGACCCGAGAUUCGUCAUCAGGGAUUACCCCGGACAGGGGUACUUCACCGUCACCAUGGCUGCGCUGGCAGAGAAGGACUCGGGCUUGUAUUGGUGUGGAUUCUAUGAAUAUCCCCAGAUCGACAUUCUCAGAGCCAUCCAUCUGACGGUAUCUCCAGCCCUCACACAAGCCUCUAAUGUUACUGCACAAGUCCCACCAACCAUCCCCGGAGGAAAGGAGCUGAGCAUGCCGCCUACCGUGGCCCUUUCGGAGCUGCAGGUGCUGGCUAUUGUUCUGACUUGCGGAUUCGUCCUGAACAAGGGCCUGGUGUUCUCAGUCCUGUUUAUCCUUCUCCGGAAAGCCAGGGCCUCAGACCUGCUCUGCUGGGGCGUCUCUGGCCCUCCAGUGAAGCCUCUGGCAAGACCCAUCACUCUCAUGGUCAUUUGA